GUAUUUCUUUUUCAAUCUUCAGGAAGCAGAGAAAGGUGUGAAAUUCCUAACAUUGCCACCAGUGUUACAUCUACAACUGAUGAGAUUUAUGUAUGACCCUCAGACGGACCAAAACAUCAAGAUCAAUGAUAGGUUUGAAUUCCCCGAACAGUUACCGCUUGAUGAAUUUUUGCAAAAAACAGAUCCUAAGGACCCUGCAAAUUAUAUUCUUCACGCAGUCCUGGUUCACAGUGGAGAUAAUCAUGGUGGACAUUAUGUGGUUUAUCUGAACCCCAAAGGGGAUGGGAAAUGGUGUAAAUUUGACGAUGACGUGGUGUCAAGGUGUACGAAAGAAGAAGCAAUUGAGCACAAUUAUGGGGGCCAUGACGACGACCUCUCCGUCCGGCACUGCACGAACGCAUACAUGUUGGUUUAUAUCAGGGAGUCCAAGCUGAGUGAGGUGUUACAAGCUGUCACCGACCACGACAUUCCUCAGCAGCUGGUGGAACGAUUACAAGAAGAGAAAAGGAUUGAAGCUCAGAAGAGGAAGGAGCGGCAGGAAGCCCAUCUUUACAUGCAAGUGCAGAUAGUUGCAGAGGACCAGUUUUGUGGCCACCAAGGAAAUGAUAUGUAUGAUGAAGAAAAAGUCAAGUACACUGUGUUCAAAGUGCUGAAAAACUCCUCGCUUGCUGAGUUCGUCCAGAACCUCUCCCAGACCAUGGGAUUUCCACAAGAUCAAAUUCGAUUAUG